AUGGUUGCUGUUGGUUGUAGGCCUAAUGUGAUUACUUGUGGGUCUUUGAUUGACGGAUUGUGUAAAACGGGGAAGAUAAGUGUUGCUAUUAAGUUGCAUGAAGAGAUGGUUAAUGGGAAUGUAGGAUUUGGUGUUAUUUGUAGGCCAAAUGUUGUUAUUUAUAAUAGUAUAAUUAAUGGCCUUUGUAAGGCUAGAUUAAUUGAGAAGGCUAGAGAAUUGUAUUUGGAAAUGAAGAGUUUGGGAAUUAGUCCAGAUGUAAUCACUUAUAGCACUCUAGUUCAUUGUUUGUGUUCUGUGGGUGACUGGGAGAAGGACAGAAUUGGUGAUGCAAGGGCGUUGUUCAAUUCUAUAACUAGGAAGGGGUAUAGACCUGAUGUUGUUUGCUACACUACUUUAAUCAAUUGGUAUGGCAAGAAUAAAGAAGUCAAAAGAGCUCUUUAUCUUUAUCAAGAGAUGAUUUUAGAAGGAAUUAGGCCUGAUGUGAUUACAUAUAACGCCUUGUUAAUUGGCCUUUUUCUUAAAGGGGCCGGUCAAUGGGAUCUACCUGUUGGAACAAUUGACAUGACAACAUUACAGUCAAGAGAAAUAUGGUCUGGUGUUACAUAUGCAGUUGUUGUAACGAUGAUCUAUGGAGAUUUGGUCGAUAUGAGAUUUCAAAUUGCGAUUGAAAUCUAUGACGCAACAUGGUUUGAAAAUGGACUCAAGUUGAUGUUGUGCUGGAAAUGCAGUGUGCUGGAACUGAAGCUUGAAGAUGUUUUUGACGUAAACAUAAUUGUGUGCAUGAUGCUGUUCAGAAGGCAGUAG